AUGUCGUAUAUGCUCCCGCACUUGCACAAUGGCUGGCAGGUGGACCAGGCCAUCCUUUCGGAGGAAGACCGAGUGGUCGUCAUUCGCUUCGGGCACGAUUGGGACCCCACGUGCAUGAAAAUGGACGAGGUUCUGUACUGCAUCGCGGAGAAGGUUAAAAAUUUUGCGGUUAAUUAUCUUGUGGAUAUUACAGAAGUACCUGACUUCAACAAGAUGUAUGAGUUAUACGAUCCUUGUACUGUGAUGUUUUUCUUCAGGAACAAGCACAUCAUGAUUGACCUGGGCACUGGCAACAACAACAAGAUCAACUGGGCCAUGGAGGACAAGCAGGAGAUGAUUGACAUCAUUGAGACCGUGUACCGGGGCGCCCGCAAAGGCCGUGGCCUGGUUGUGUCUCCGAAGGACUACUCCACCAAAUACCGCUACUGA